GUACAUAGAUAAUAUAUAUAAAUACGCACUCUUCUUUCACCGACCUCCGACACGAAAAGGCAGGUCCUUUUUGUGUGUUUCUGUCAAUUCCACUACUUCACCAUGAAUGUUAUAAUGGGUUCUUCUUCUUCUUUUGCAGCUUUCUUUAUUUAUCUAUGUUUCUUGGUGGGGUUUGAGUUGUUUCAUGACUCAUUCAUUCUCUGUACAAAACCUAGUGGUGGCCAGCCCUGUUGUUUCCACUUUCUUGAUUUAGAAGGAACAAAAAAAUGGCUAGAGUUAUGUUGGUGAACUUUGGGUUUUUAUUACUAGUGAUGAUCUGUUUUGGGUUUCUGUCAAACACUUUGGGACAACAACAAGACGAUGAUGGUGAUGACGAUACUGCUGUUUACAUUGUCACACUUAAACAGCCUCCUUUUGUUCAUCUAUUUGAGGAAGAAGACCUUAAACAGAUUAGACAUAGACACCAAAGUCCUAAGCAUGGCCACACUUCUAAAUUCAAACCAAAGUUACAACCAAGAAACAUUUCCAGGAAACGUCAUGGGAGGGGGAGGCCAAAAAGACCACCAUCUAUUGCUCAAACUCAUGAUUCUUUCUUGAGAAAGACAUUGAAAGGAGAGAAAUAUAUAAAACUCUAUAGCUACAAUUAUCUAAUCAAUGGAUUUGCUGUGUUCGUUAGCUCACAACAGGCUGAGAAGCUUUCAAUGAGAAGAGAAGUAGCAAACAUAGUGUUGGACUUCUCUGUUAGGACAGCAACAACAUAUACUCCACAGUUUAUGGGUUUACCAGAAGGAGCAUGGGUCAAAGAAGGUGGAUUCGAGACUGCUGGAGAAGGAAUAGUUAUCGGAUUUAUCGAUACUGGAAUCGAUCCGAAUCAUCCUAGUUUCAGUGACAAAGACAUUAACUCUCAGCAUUCAUAUCCAACCCCUAAGCAUUUCUCAGGUGUUUGUGAAAUCACACCAGAUUUUCCAUCAGGGUCUUGCAAUAAAAAGCUGGUUGGAGCUAGGCAUUUCGCGCAAUCGGCUAUAACUAGAGGAACCUUUAACUCCUCUGAAGAUUAUGCUUCUCCAUUCGAUGGAGAUGGUCAUGGAACACACACAGCUUCGAUUGCUGCUGGUAACCAUGGAGUUCCAGUGAUAGUUUCUAACCAUAGCUUUGGAAAUGCUAGUGGAAUCGCUCCUCGUGCGCAUAUUUCUGUUUACAAGGCAUUGUACAAGAGUUUUGGAGGCUUUGCUGCAGAUGUUGUUGCAGCUAUAGAUCAGGCAGCUCAAGAUGGAGUAGAUAUACUAAGUUUAUCGAUUACACCGAACCGAAAACCUCCUGGUGUUGCCACUUUCUUCAACCCUAUAGACAUGGCCAUACUUUCCGCUGUGAAAACCGGAAUAUUUGUAGUCCAAGCUGCAGGAAACACCGGUCCAUCGCCCAAGAGCAUGUCAUCUUUUAGUCCUUGGAUUUUCACAGUUGGUGCUUCUUCUCAUGAUAGACUUUACUCCAACUCCAUAACCCUAGGCAACAAUGUAACUAUUCCAGGCGUAGGAUUCUCAAGUCCUACUGAUGAUGGAAAGAUGUACAAGAUGGUCUCAGCUUUUCAUGCCUUGAACAAUACUACUUCUGUAGAUACAGACAUGUAUCUAGGUGAAUGUCAAGAUUAUGAAAAUUACAAUCAAGAGCUUGUCUCGGGGAAUCUCUUGAUGUGUAGCUAUUCUGUUCGUUUCGUUCUUGGGCUUUCGACUAUAAAGCAAGCUUUAGAUGUUGCCAAGAAUCUAUCAGCAGUUGGUGUUGUGUUCUAUAUGGACCCGUAUGUUCUUGGUUUUCAGUUCAAUCCAACGCCAAUGGAUAUGCCUGGAAUCAUAAUUCCAUCUGCAGAAGAUUCAAAGAUUUUACUUAAAUACUAUAACUCUUCUAUUGAGAGAGAUGCAACCACCAAAGACGUUGUUGAAUUUGGAGCAGUUGCAGCCAUUGAAGGCGGUUUAAACGCUAACUUCAGUAACAAAGCUCCUAUGGUUAUGUAUUACUCAGCAAGAGGACCUGAUCCAGAAGACAACUCUUUUAACGACGCUGACAUAUUGAAACCUAACCUCGUAGCUCCUGGAAACUCUAUUUGGGGUGCUUGGAGCUCCGGUUCCAUUGAUUCAACCGAGUUUGAAGGUGAGAAAUUUGCAAUGAUGUCCGGUACAAGCAUGGCUGCUCCUCAUGUAGCUGGUGUGGCUGCACUAAUCAAACAAACCUACCCGAACUUUAGUCCUUCGGCAAUAGCAUCUGCACUUUCAACAACCGCUCUUCUUAAUGAUAACAAAGGAGGUCCCAUAAUGGCUCAGCGUACUUAUGCCAAUGCUGAUCAAAGCCUAAUUAAUGCAACACCGUUUGAUAUGGGAAGCGGUUUCGUGAACGCCACGGCAGCUUUAGACCCUGGUUUAAUAUUUGAUACUAGUUUUGAAGACUAUAUGUCAUUUCUUUGUGGAAUCAAUGGCUCAGAUUCAGUGGUGUUUAACUACACUGGGAUUGAUUGUUCUUCUAACAACAGCUCAAGAAUCAGCGGUUUUGAUCUCAACUUGCCAUCAAUCACAGUAUCAACCCUUAAUGGCAAGCAAGUUUUCAAAAGAUGGGUGAGAAACAUAGCUGGAAAUGAGACGUACAAUGUUGGUUGGAGUCCUCCUUAUGGUGUUUCAAUGAAGGUAUCUCCUGCUCAGUUCUCUAUAGGAACGGGAGAAACUCAAGUACUAAGCAUAACCCUCGAGCCGACAAAGAACAGUUCAAGUUCUAGUUUCGGAAGAAUAGGUUUGUUUGGAAAGGCAGGACACGUUGUGAAUAUUCCUGUAUCUGUCAUAGCUAAAAUCGUUUUGAGCUGAUUGAUAGAUAUAUAAUAUUUUCUUUCUCUUACCAUUCAAUUGUUAAAGAUACAAUUUUAUUUUAUUUUAAUGAAAAUGUAAAACCAUA